AUGGCCGCCGUGAAGAUGAUGUUUCCGGCGAUCAUGAUGGCGACAGUAAUGGCCGUCCGUUCAUUAGAUACAAACCACGUUUUCAAUCCAUGUUCAGAUACAAAAGUUCGAAGAUGGGAUGGAUUUACCUUCGGAAUCGCAUUUUCUUCCAAGGAUUCCUUCUUCUCCAACCAAAUUCAGCUUUCACCCUGCGACCGCCGCCUCUCCCUCCGUGGAAACGCUAAACUCGCCGUCUUCCGCCCAAAAGUUGACGAACUCACUUUCCUCACCGCUAACACCGACUUUGAUCCGGAGAAAGCUGGUGGAUAUAUGGUUGCGUUCGCUGGAAAACAGUGUGCUGCAAGAUCGAUACCUACUUUAGUCGCUGAUAAAUCAAACAUCAUCACAAGUUUCACUCUUGUUCUUGAAUUCCAAGAAGGCAGGCUUAUAAACUUACACUGGAAGAAAGUGGGGUGUAAAUCGUGUGCAGAAAGAUCAGGCGUUUGCAUGAAAAAUCAAGAAUGUGCUAUACCAAUCUCGAAGUGUGACAUUAAUGGCGGAUCUGUUGAUUGUAAUCUUAAGGUACAGUUAGCGUUCUCAGGUACAGAUAAAACGUUAGGUGUUCUUAAUUCAUGGUAUGAGGUGCAAAAACUUCGAGAAUAUUUGUUGGCUGGUUAG